AUGCCACAAUGUGCCAUUAGUUCGUUGGCAUUUGCUUCAGGAGCAAUUGCUACAGCAGCUGGCGUUGGAUAUGUUUUCGGUCGUCCAGCUAAACCAAAAAAUUCUUCACGAAUGUCAAUACAGUCAAUGUCGACUAUCUCAAAUUCAAAUUCAUCAAAAAGUCCAUUUAAACGAUUUAAAUUAUUUCUCUCAAAAAAUAAACAUCUUUCUCCUACAAAAAAUGUUUUAAAUACAACUACUGUACAUCCUUUAAUGGUUCAUCUUGAUAACAUUGAUGAUGAUAUUUCAUCUACUUAUUCUGAUGUUACAAGUCUAUAUACUAUGGAUCGUAAAAUAAGUUCUACUCCAAAUAUACCUGGUAUUUUAGCUCAAGCUUUUGAUAGUUCUUCAGUUGUUGGUUCUUUUAGUCCUAGAGAAAGGUCUUCUUUACCAACCAUACCUCCUAUAUCUCCAAUAUCUUUGACUCCUCCAAAGUUUCGACAUAAUCGUUCUAAUUCUUUACCUCCAUCCGCUAUUCCCAGAAGUUUUUAUCGACAACCCACUCCGAGUGAAAGUUGGGAUGAUGACUUUGAAUUUGAUGAUAAUGAUGAAAUAAGUGUACCAAAUUCUGUUGAACAAGCUCAAUUCUCUUUGAGAAUGGAUAUUACAAAUAUUCGUGAUUUCGUUUCUCAGAUUGAAGAAUUGAAAACGUUACGUAACAAAAAACAGUUCCUUGCAACAACAGUCCAAUCAAAGAUUACAAGGAAAUGGUCAAAUGGUUUCACUAAAUCCAAAAAAAAGAGUAAAAAAUAUAAUGAUUUAGAAUCACGAUUUAAACAAGAUUGGGAAGAAGCUGCUGUUAUAAUUGAUCUUUCUGAUGUAGCAAAAGACAGACAACCAACUUUUGGUGGAGGAAAAAGAGUUGCUGUUGAUAUUGAAAAAAUACCUUCUGAAAGACAUAUGCAAGUAUUAAAAAAAAUUAUAGUAGAAGAAUUAGGUGAAAAUGCUCAAGAUGUAAUAUUUAUGGAUGAUGAUAAAGAAAAUCGUUAUGAUAGUGAUAAUUCUGAUUCAAUUUCUAAUAGUGGUCAUAAUACGAAAAAAAAACAAAAAUUAGCUGAUGGCAAAAGUAAAAUUAAUAACAGUGAUUCAAGACGAAAAGAAAAUUUUAGAAUAAGUGUUGAAGUAAUGCCAAGUUUGAUUGAUCAUUUAAAAAAAUUACAAGAUCGUUUAUCUGAACAUGUGGAUAAAUUAGGGGCUUUGGCAUCUAAUGAGGGAAAUUCUUAA